AAUAUCAGUUUAAAGUAAAAUUAAAACAUUAUGACGGAUUAGCCAAACGGAGGAUUGAAGGCUCAUAGUAGAGAUAUGAUUAUUAAUCCAUAAUAAUAUAAAUAGAAAAAAUCUCCUUUUUUUAAAAUACAUAUGAAACAGUUCUUCAUAACAUUUCAUACAAACGCAACAACAAUCCGCAUGCCAAGACCUUUGUCAUUAAUUAUAAACCUACGGAUCAUAUUUUUUAUGGUGCAAAAGAGCUCUUGUCGGAAUUAUCGGAAUUAUCGGAAAUUCGGAAUUGCAUAUCAAAAAAAGAACACCAAUUUUCAGAUCACCCGUGACAUCAACACGUGAUCUGUGGAUUGCUGAGGGAUUUCCUAUAGUUUUAUUUGCAACAGGAUCGAUAAAUGCAAUACCAAGAAUCAAUGGCAACACUUCAGU